AUGUCGCUAUGUCGGGAGCAUGAGAUUGUCAAGGUCCCUCGCGUCCCAAAGCGUAUCAUCCUCUGCUGUGAUGGGACAUGGCAGUCAUCUGUCUCGGGCAAGAAGAACAUCCCGUCAAACGUCACUCGACUCUGUCGCUCCUUGAAUGGCUUUGGACAGGAUGAGAAUGGUAAGGCGUGGCAGCAGAUUGUCUGGUAUGACUCCGGAAUCGGUACCACCUCCCUCGCCGUCGGUCAGAAGAUUGAAGGAGCCAUCGGCCAAGGACUCGAAGGCAAUGUCAUCGAAGCAUACAACUUUUGCGUGAUGAAUUAUCACCCCGACGAUCAGAUCAUGUGCUUUGGUUUCUCGCGAGGCGCUUAUACUGCUCGUACCAUUGCUGGACUAAUUUCUGAUGUUGGUAUUUGCAGCAAGAAGGACCUGAAUCGUUUCCCUGAUCUCUGGGAGGCAUAUAAGGGGCGACCUUUGAAGAAUGAGCCAUUCUUUGCUAGUGAUGCCUGGUUUGAGUGGAUUGAGGGCAAGGCCGAUGAGCACCAGGGCGCCACGGGCAAGGAAUUCAUCUUUGCGGAGCGCCCUAAUCGUGACUGGGCUCAAAAGGGUUCUCGCAUUGUAGAGGUUGUUGGUGUUUAUGAUACUGUUGGUGCCAUAGGCAUGCCUGCAGUGCUUGGUCUUAAGUUGCCAUCGAACUGGUUGCCCGGAGGAGACAAUGCUGGGUGGCAGAAUGUUACGCUUUCAACAAAUGUCAAACACGCUUUCCAAGCUUUGGCGCUUGAUGAACACCGCGAAGCCUUUUCACCUACUCUGUGGUAUCUCCCGAAAUUCGGCAAUGCCGAUGUAAACAAAAUUGAAGCGCAGAAGCUAGAAAUCGAGGCUAAAGCCAGUGAAUGGAAAAGGCAGUUGGAUAAGGCAAUAGACCUCAAGUCGCGCGGCAAUGCUACUGACGCGGCGAUCAACGAAGCUGCACGUAAACUGAACAAGGCGGCAAGAGACGUGAAUGAGCAGUACCGCAUAUUUUUACGACUACAGGACGACCUGAACCACCAAAAUCACCCUCGUACACUGAGGCAAGUGUGGUUCCCCGGCUAUCACAUCCACAUCGGUGGCGGCUCAAACUCAACUCUGAAGAAGGAGGGCGAUAUGGAGGAAAUGUCCAACAUCACCUUCUCAUGGAUGCUGGACCAGAUCAAGCCCUUCCUAUUCCUGAACAAGGAAUAUCUAGAGUCCGAGAGAGAGGAUAGAAAGACCGAAAUCGAAGCCAUCCCUGUGAACCUUCUGGAAAACGAGUCCUGGAGGUCGUGGACUGGACGCAAUGUGUCAGCAGUGGCCUCUGCUAUUCUCCACCCCUUCGCAAAUGCCGACAAGCCUCAGCCGAAAUACCGCAAAUAUGGCUGGGGGACUGGUAAUCUGGAAGACAGUUUCGGAACUUUUUACUACCUCAACGGAUCUCUGCCACGUACGCCUGGAGCCUACGAUAUUCUAGACGACAAUAAGCAGCCAGUUGGAGAUACCUGCGAGUUUAUCCAUCCAGUUGUUGGAUUCAGGAAACAUAUCAUGAAGGAGGACUACAAACCUGUUUGUGGCGCGAAGUAUAAACGCUCUGCAUCGACCUAUGUGGACCCGGAUGGUAACAAGAAGCCCUGCUUUGAGUACAUGAUUGGCAAUGCGCGCAGGCCGCUGCGUGAGUGGCACCUUGGUGGACUAGAUUCUUAUGAAAGGCUGGCUAUUGCUGGCGAGAAAGCUCGCGAGUAUGUCAAGGAAUUGGAUGAGGCUGUCGGAGUCAAGGUGGAGAAGUCUUGUAUGGAAGUUGAAGUUCAAAAGCCAGUCUUUCAGGGAGGAUACGGGCAUAAUGGUCACCAGCAACAGUGGGAUUUCCAGUCUACCAACCUUCAAAGCAAAGGGUUCUCAACAACCUCGGAGGAAAUUUUGAUUGAGGAAAGCGUGACACGGGGGUGA